UUGUACAAGGCCAAAAAGGAGAAGCAGCUAUUUACUUCGUCACUUACCAGUAUGAGAAAGGACCAGAGGUUACAAAAGGAGGACAGGGUAACAAAUUAAAUGUCAACACCACUGGAAUAAAGUUAAUACUGGACUACAUCAGCAAAGGGUCGGACACAUUCCUGAGCAAACCUUAAGUGUUGUUGUUUUUGUCAACAUGCCAGUGGGACUACCGAAGAUAGAAAACUGAAGUUAAUCUUGGGACAACAGAGGAAUUUAAGUUCAUAGUGUGUCUCUAGGUUAAGUCCUUAACGAUAAUGAAGCGUUUGUCUUACAAAACCAACUCAGACCACUUGCUGCUGUGUGUCUUCUUGAGUCUACUUUGGGGUGCAACUGACUCCACCACAAUAUCAUCAUCAAGCACUGAACCGACAACGGCAAUCACAAGUGCACAACCGACAACAAAACCACCUCCUGACAAUGUUGGAGAAGUGAAGGUGGUGAACCAGAAUGAAACCAGCAUAACUCUGAAAUGGGACAAAGUCAAGGACAUCUCAGUUUACAUCCUACAAUAUGAUGAGAAUGGAAAACCCAGAGUAGAAAAUAUUGGUGCACCUCCUCUUGAUGCAUCAGUAGAAUAUGAGGUCUAUCCUCUGACUGCUGGGACAAAAUACAAUUUCACUCUCAUCACUGUGUUUGAGGGAGUCAACAGCACUGGAUACAACUUUACUGCUGUGACAGCUCCUCGUAACGCUGAAGAUUUCAAAACAGUUGGACAAAAUGAGACCAGUAUAACUCUGCAGUGGAAACAAGUGAAUAACAUCGACAGGUAUAUACUUGUGGUGAAUGAAGAGGAGAUAACCGUUACUUCAUCAGAAGAAUUUGUGACUCACACAGUGUCAGGUCUGACAAGUGGGACUAGAUAUAAAUUCCGUCUCUUCACUGUGUUUGAAAACGUCACAAGCAGCGGAGUAAACCACACUGCAGUCACUGCUCCUGACAAUGUUGGAGAAGUGAAGGUGGUGAACCAGAAUGAAACCAGCAUAACUCUGAAAUGGGACAAAGUCAAGGACAUCUCAGUUUACAUCCUACAAUAUGAUGAGAAUGGAAAACCCAGAGUAGAAAAUAUUGGUGCACCUCCUCUUGAUGCAUCAGUAGAAUAUGAGGUCUAUCCUCUGACUGCUGGGACAAAAUACAAUUUCACUCUCAUCACUGUGUUUGAGGGAGUCAACAGCACUGGAUACAACUUUACUGCUGUGACAGCUCCUCGUAACGCUGAAGAUUUCAAAACAGUUGGACAAAAUGAGACCAGUAUAACUCUGCAGUGGAAACAAGUGAAUAACAUCGACAGGUAUAUACUUGUGGUGAAUGAAGAGGAGAUAACCGUUACUUCAUCAGAAGAAUUUGUGACUCACACAGUGUCAGGUCUGACAAGUGGGACUAGAUAUGAAUUCCGUCUCUUCACUGUGUUUGAAAACGUCACAAGCAGCGGAGUAAACCACACUGCAGUCACUGCUCCUGACAAUGUUGGAGAAGUGAAGGUGGUGAACCAGAAUGAAACCAGCAUAACUCUGAAAUGGGACAAAGUCAAGGACAUCUCAGUUUACAUCCUACAAUAUGAUGAGAAUGGAAAACCCAGAGUAGAAAAUAUUGAUGCACUUCCUCUCGAUGCAUCAGUAGAAUAUGAGGUCUAUCCUCUGACUGCUGGGACAAAAUACAAUUUCACUCUCAUCACUGUGUUUGAGGGAGUCAACAGCACUGGAUACAACUUUACUGCUGUGACAGUUCCUCCAGUGGUGCGUUAUGUCAAUGUGACUGAUCGCUCACUGACCAGCAUAAUGCUAACGUGGGAGAAUGUGAAUAAAGCCUGGGGAUACUUGCUUGAAAUGAAUGGAGACACAAAGACAUUUACCCCAGAUCAAUCCUCUUAUGUUGUGUGGCAUUCAGUCACAUCUCUCAAACCUGGAACAGCGCAUAACUUCAGCCUGAUCACGUUGUUCUCUGGACUCAACAGUACUGCCUUUAGCGGUAGUGCAGUAACAACCAUUGACUGUGCCAGUGUAGAAUGGCAUGUUACUACGUCAUCAAUCCAAGGAACAGUUGAAGGCUUGUUCACGAUUGCAACCGCCACUUACAAUUCACAAACUCUUGACAGUUCUGGAAGUAGAGAUGUGUCUUUUACUGGCCUUGUGUCCGGUGCAACCUAUGAGUUAUCUCUUAAGUACGAAAUAUUGCGGGACCCACUUCAGUGUCGCCACAAUAUAACAGUUUUUCCUUCUCCUCCUUCAAGUGCUCAUUGUGAGUACUAUGCAGCUGGCUAUUCUGCCUAUGUUUUCUGGAACAAACCAGAUGGUGUGUGGACUACCGUGGAGGUGAACGUGAUUGGAAAAUAUUACGAAGUGGAUGACAGUGAGGAACAGAACAUCAUAAUACAAGGAUUACAACCUGCCAGAUCAUAUCAAGUGUCUUUAAAUUCAGUGUCUGGGCAUGAAAGGCGUUCUAAUUCAAUUGUUUUUCAAUGUUCUACUGAUCCGAGGGGAGUCAUUGCAGGUUCAGUAAUUGCUGUGCUGCUUUUUUGUGUCCUGGUCUGUCUGGCUGUUUUCAUCUUCCUUAAAAGACCGGAUAUCAUCAGCAGAAAAAAGUCAUUCAUUAGUGGAUCCAAACGAACUAAAAGAAAGGGCAAAUUAAUUACAGCAACACAGUUUGCAGACCACUUCAAUAAAUUAAAUGUGGAUGACAACAGAGGUUUCAGUGAGGAAUAUGAGGACCUUGCUCCCAUUGGCACGAAUCAAACACAAAAGGCAGCUGAUUUACCUGAUAACCAAGUGAGGAAUCGAUUUAAGAAUGUGCUGCCAUAUGACUGGUGUCGGGUGAAGCUAUCUACAUCAAAUGGGACCUCAGACUACAUUAAUGCAAGUUACAUGCCAGGCUACAACAGCAACAGAGAGUACAUUGCCUCUCAGGGUCCUCUACCCUCCACAGUCAGUGAUUUCUGGAGAAUGAUUUGGGAACAAAGAGUGAAAGGCAUUGUCAUGGUAACCAACUGCACUGAAGGAGGAAAGAUUAAGUGUGAGCGAUACUGGCCUGCAGACAGCAAGCCUUGCCUUUAUGGAGAGCUGUUGGUCACCAUUAGAUCUGAAGAACAGAACCUCAACUGGACGAUGAGGGAAUUUAGUGUGAAACAUAGAAACACCUCAGAGGAACGCUCAGUGAAACAUUUCCAUUUCACUGCCUGGCCUGAUCAUGGAGUCCCAGAAGGCAGUGAAAUCCUGAUCCAGUUCAGAGGACUGGUGAGACGGCACAUAGAGAAAGAAGGAGCUCGAGCACCGACUGUAGUUCACUGCAGUGCUGGAGUGGGGAGGACAGGCACUAUCAUUGCCCUGGAUGUGCUGCUUCAGCAGCUAGAGAAAGAACGAGCAGUGGGCAUCAAGGAGUUUGUGCACAAGAUGAGACUGAAUCGUCCACACAUGGUGCAGACAGAGUCCCAGUAUGUUUUCCUGCACCAAUGCAUCAUGGACGCUCUGCACUCAAAUCAGAAGCCUGAAGAGAAUAUUUAUGAGAAUGCAGACUUGAUAUAUGAAAAUGCUACUGCACUCCGAGAGUUGCGUUAAAACAAACUCAUAUCAUCCCUGCACUCAGUCUUCUAUGCACUUAAAGACAAACUAAUAGUGAUUUGUAAAUGCUAUAUGUUGUUUAAAACAAACUAGAUAUUAAACAAUCACCUACUGAACUA